AGCAGCGCAAGCGGGCCGACGCCUUGGCGCUACCACGCGUUGGCGCUACCACGCGCUGGCGCUGCCACGCGCUGGCGCCACCACGCGUUCUGAGGAUCAUCACCGGCAUGCGCCGACGCAGCUCGCCUUUCGGCGGCCUCGCCGGGCGCACCGCCCGCGGGCGCGCCCCCCUACGUAUCGACCGCAUGGCCUCCGCCCACCUGCGCUAGGCGAGCGAUGCCGGCUGCCUCGCCGCGCGGCGCCGGGCGAUGGCCCAAACUCUGGCUGCUCGCGGCGGCGGCCGUCGGCCCGGCGCUGCCGCGCGGCUCGGCCCUCUCCGUGGAGCUGGCGCCGGAGGUGCCGCCACAGAGCGACGUGGAUCAGUGGGGCGCGGAGCUGAUCGGCGCGGGGGCCGGGCUGGCACAUCGGCUCGGGCUGGACGCGCACCUCUCCUUCAAGGAAGUCGCCGCCAUGGUGGGGAACUACAACCGCAGCCUCGCGGAGGCGGUGGCUUCCCGCGCGCCACCGUCCACUGAGCAACGCCUGCCGAUGGUAUACCUGCAUGUGCACAAGAGCCUGGGGACGUGGAUGUGCAAGAUGGCCCGGGCGCAGAACGCAAGCAGGCCUGGCGACGCGGAUUGCGCCACCCACGACGACUGGAUAUGGGCGAAGAAAAGUUGGGAAUGGUACGACUUCGACAACACCUGCAGCCGUCGAGUCAAGGAGAUACAGGAGAACGGUUGGACGUUCCUGGAGAUCGAGCGGUGGGUUGACUUCCAAGACGACAGCCUCCACGGCGACUGGUGCCCAGAGGACGCGUUCUACACGAUGAUACUGCGGGACCCCAUGGAGCGGGCACAGUCACAGAUGUAUGCGAACAUGCAGUCUUGGGCUUCAGUCCGAGCCUGGCUCGCCGAAGGCGAGAGCUGGCCGACUCCCUACAACUACCUCCACAGCCACAUCCCCUUCGACAACUUCUACGUGCGAACCCUGUGCGGGCGCACGUGCCACUUCCUCGAGGCCGGCGGGAUCACGCACGCGCACCUCGAGCUGGCCAAAUCCAGGCCGAGCAGCGCCGACUUCUCUCGGGAGCUCCAGCAGCUGGACGCCGUCAUGACCACCGAGGACCUCCUCACGCAGCUUUCACAGCUGACCGCCAUCACUGGCUGGCGGCCCGCAACGAAGGCGCAGGCGGGCAGCGUCGUCCACAACACCAAGUGCGCGGCGGGCACCUCCAGGCUGGCGACCGACGAGUGCAGGGCCUUCGCGCUGCCGCCCAGCGCCAUGGAGCAGAUGCGGGACGCCAACCGCUUGGACUUGGAGCUCUACGAGUUCGCGAAGCAGGUUGCGAAGCAGAAGACAGACGCCCUACUCUGAAAGAGCACCAGGACAACGUGAAAUUCUGCAUUCAUGCAGUGACGUGCGCUUCGUUCAGCGGAAUGGAAAAUAAUCGUCCUUAUCAUCGUCGUCCCUUUGCUCACAAGUAGGGUCUGGACAGCUGGC